AUUUCUCAAAGAUAAUAUAAAAGACAACUAAUUUGACAGGAAGUGUAUUCCAACUGUCCACACGUCAUUCGACGGCUGCAGACUGACGUGACGGUUCCAAAGGCAGUGAAAUUUCAUUUUUUAGUGAAUGUGCUUGUGAUACGGUUUGAAAAAUGCAAAUUCCAAAGGAAUAUGUGUCUACUGCUGAGGAUAUUGCUGAUCAGGUGGUCCGUAAAGGCAAGAAUGUUUUGCCCACGGUAGCCCGCUUGUGCCUCAUCUCCACAUUCCUCGAGGAUGGUCUCCGCAUGUGGUUCCAGUGGUCAGAGCAGCGCGACUACAUGGACAUGUCAUGGGGCUGCGGCAAGAUCCUCGCCACAAUGUUUGUUAUAGUAAACUUAGUUGGACAGCUGGGCGGCUGUGUGAUGGUGCUGGGCAGGCUCAAGGUGGACAUUGCGUGUGGAGUACUAUUCUUCAUUGUUGUACUACAGACAUUCGCCUACAGUAUAUUAUGGGACAUGCAAUUCUUGCUCCGUAACCUGGCCCUUAUUGGAGCCCUACUGCUAGUGGUGGCAGAGGCCCGUGCUGAAGGCCGCAGCCUCUUCGCCGGAGUACCGUCGCUCGGAGAGAACAAGCCGAAGACCUAUUUGCAGCUCGCUGGCAGAAUACUCCUAGCAUUCAUGUUCAUCACGUUGUUGAGAUUCGAGAUUUCAUUUUUACAGAUAGUGCAAGACCUGCUGGGCAGUAUCCUGAUGAUCUUGGUGACGGUGGGCUACCGUACCAAGCUGUCUGCUCUGAUGCUGGUGGUGGUGCUCUCCGUGCUCAACCUGUACCACAACGCGUGGUGGACAGUACCCUCGUACAAGCCUCUCAGGGAUUUCCUCAAAUAUGACUUCUUCCAGACCUUAUCUGUGAUCGGCGGUCUCCUUAUGAUCGUGUACUUGGGCCCGGGCGGUGUCAGUAUGGACGAACACAAGAAGAAGUGGUAGAAUCGCGACCGGUGUGUACAAUGUAUGCACAUGUUAAAGACUAUUGAUAUUUUAAUCAUAAGAUGUUAUGGUGCAAGAGGAAAGAAAAAAUUUCAUAUAAUUUGGUGUUUUUAUGUGACAAUCUGACUAGUCGGCGAUAUUGUGAACAUUGAGCUUACUUCCAUAUCCUGUUCUGUUGUGCUAUGGGCAGUUUGCUCUUACCUAGUUUAAUAUACAGGGUGCUCCACCAAGGCGUCUCAGUACGAAUUAUCUGACGCAUUUGGACGAUGUGAAGUUUAUUUAUUUUAUUUAGUACAAACUUCCCUUCUUCUGAUUGUGUCGGAUUCAUUUUUUGCUGAUCUAUUUCAACGGGACACUCUGUGUAGUAAGUUUUGUGGGACGAAGUCUUGUGCAAAUAGUUUGUGUUAACCUAAGAUGGUACUAGGUCGAUUUAUAUAACGGCCCAGUUUACAGUGCGAAAUGGUAUUUAUUUAUAAUACCAAUUAAGUGAAAAAAUAUAAUACGUAUAAAACACUUCGUAAAAUUAAAUAAGGAUUCUAGUCCUGCAAAAUGAUGUUGUAUAUAUUUGAACUUUGUUAUCAUGAUUUAUAUAAUUAUAAUGCCCGCAAACUGCCCAUAACCAAACAACAGUUGGUGUCAUAACACAAAAUUUUAUAUAAAUGUGCACGUAUUUGGUCGAUCAAUAAAGUAUGGUAAGCAAAUAGG